UUCGGAUAUAUUUAUUGUCGCCAGCUUCACGUAUCCUGAGUUGUCCGUGGUGAAUGGUUAUGUUUACACACCUGUAAACAGAGUGUAACGUUCACGGUUUGUUUUUGUCCUGGCUUGGCGAUGUCCCGGCUGUUAAGUUUGUCCCCGGCUGUUAUUUUCCCCCAGUGUAAAUACUGUCCUCGGAACAGCGGCUCUCUGUCCUCCUGGUCUGCAGCUGGUUUAAAGCAGGAGAGUCAGCUGCAAGCCGGGAGAGCGACACCGAGGAGGACCCUGAUUCUAACCCGGACGGGGGUUCACUCUAAUAACGGUGGAAAACGACGCUUUUGGGCACUAGGCAUCGGGACAGGGUUUCUGUUAGCUCUAGGGCUGAAAUAUCACGUGUAUAGUCGUGAGCGAUGUGAGUGUGAGUGUGAGAAAACAGUCAAAUCUGACAGUAGCUCAAAAUACAGAGCGGCCAUAGAAAUCAGCCGCGACCUCCUUCAGCGGAUAAAGGUACAGGAUGAAGUUGGAGCUCCUGGCAUGGUCAUUGGAGUUUCUGUAGAUGGCACUCAAGUGUGGGGUGAUGGCAUAGGGUAUGCUGAUUUGGAGAACAGAGUACCUUGUGGUGUGGGCACUGUGAUGAGGAUUGCCAGCAUCAGUAAAUCUCUGACUGCAACUGCUGUUGCUCGAGUGUGGGAAGAUGGCAGACUCGAUCUAGAUGCUCCCGUCCAGAAAUACGUGCCUGAAUUCCCUGAAAAACAGUUUGAAGGAAAGGAUGUCGUGAUAACCCCACGAUUGCUGCUGUCUCACCUGAGUGGUAUCCGUCACUAUGAAAAAGACCCCAAGAAAGUGAGAGAAGACAAAGAGAAAGCAAAACGUCUACUGAAGCCUCCGGAGAAAAAAGAAGAAAAAAGUUCUGGUGAGAGUGAAGGAAAACCCACACUGCAGGACAACAGAAUGAAAAGCAAAGAUGCAAAGCAUGGUAAAAAGAAGAAAGAGUUUGAACAGGAGGAGUACUACCUCAAAGAUAGCUUCGAGGGUGUUAUCCAGGCCUUGGACCUGUUCAAGGAUGAUCCACUUAUUUUCGAGCCAGGCACUACAUUCUUAUACUCGACUCAUGCAUUCACCCUGCUGAGUGCUGUGCUGGAGAGAGCAGCAGGUCUGCGUUUCCUGGACCUCAUGAUGAACAUGUUCCGUGAAUUAGGCAUGCUCAACACUGUGCCAGACGAGAAUGACCCCAUUAUCUACAACCGAUCCAGGUAUUACCAUUACAAUAAAAAGGGACGCAUUGUGAACUGCCCCUAUGUUGACAACUCUUAUAAGUGGGCUGGAGGAGGCUUUCUGUCCACAGUUAGUGAUCUGCUGCUUUUUGGUAAUGCCAUGCUCUACAGUUAUCAGGUAGUGGACAUGACUGACACGAGCGGCCUCCUGCCAGGCUUCCUCAAACCCAACACGGCUAAAGCUCUGUGGGCUCCUGUGGAUAAAACCAAAGCUUCAUGGGAUAAAGAUGGUCGCUAUGCUCAGGGCUGGCUGGUGGUGGAGAAGCUGCAGAAGUAUGGGCAGUGUCGCAUGCGCAGGCACUAUGUCUCACACACAGGAGGCGCUGUAGGGGCGAGUAGCGUGUUAUUGGUGUUACCCAGUGAGAGUCUAAAGGCUCCAGGACAGACAGGGACUCCUCCUCAGGGGGUUGUAGUGGCCAUCAUGACAAAUAUGCAGUCUGUAGGACUCAAUACCACCGCACUGAAGAUUGCAUAUGAGUUUGAGAAGGUCAGAGACCGCUAAAGUGGGAGUAGUACAUGUCAGGGUAUGAUUGUAAGUGAUUCAUUUGUAUCUUUUAUAGAUUUCAUAUCAUAAUGCUGCCCUGUGUACUUUGUUUACAGUGUUAAAAGAUGAACGAGUGUACACUAAGUGUAGAGUGUAAAUCACACGUCGCCAUUUCUUUGUAUUGUGAGACUGAUUUUAAUCUUUUUUUUUUAUAUAAGAACUGUGUAUUGUAUACAUACAUGACUGCAAAAUUUGACUGACUUUUUUUGUUCUGUACUGUUUUAAAAAAAAUAAUAAUUAAUUUUGGUAAGAAAAUGUAACAUUUAUACUAUGGUAUAUGAUAAAUGAGGUCAUAAAUUUCAUCUA